ACAGACUUGGCUCCUGAGACUCUAUCUCUUUCUAACCUAGAUCCAGUUCAAUUUCUCUUCCUCUAUGUUUCUUUUGGGGGGUACAUACCGAGCUCUCUGACUGACAAAUCAAUUCUUUGGAUACUAGGGACACGCAGAUAGAACAGGAAGCAAGAAUGUAGAUUUCAUUCAGAUGAUUGGAUCCCUCUGGUGCUGUGGGCUGGGGUGAUCGGGCGUACAGUCCAUCCCCCUCCCCAUUGUGGUGUGGGUUGGCCUUUGGCGUACAGUCGAGGUUGGCCCAUACCUACCAUUUGGGAUCCAUUCUGCCUUUCAAUUUGUCCACCAAUCAUUUUUUACUUUGGCUCAAACGAUCCUAUUCACAAUCCAUCUCAAACUGCGAUUGGAAACCUAUUAUCACAUCGAGCAAACCUUUGUGCAAGGGGAUCACUUCUUGAGUCGGUCGGAUUUGAUCGAGCCGGAUUUGAAGAUCAUCAAACUCAACAGUCUGAUCAACAGCUAUUCGGAAAGCUCGAUCGUCAAGAAUCUCGUCCGAACGGAGGAUCAAAGGUUUCCUUUCCUCAAUCCUUCAGGAUCCUAAUCCACUGCGACUGGCAACAGUAACUCGACUGCGACUGGCAAUCAAGACCUAUCGACGUGAUUCUUCGCUUCCUCACGGAGGAAAGGUGAUCAUUCGUUUUGACUCAAUCUGACUCAGCUUGUCGACGCCGGCCAAGUCAACGCAGCGAUUCCCUGUGAGUUUUCGGACAUGUUUUCGGGUGGACGAUGUGCAAUCUCAGCUUCAAGGUGGCUCAGUCUGGCCAGAUCAUUGGAAGAUUAUCCAACAGGCGAAGACUUCUUUUCCUCUGACCUUCCCCUAGAACUCCUCGCGACUCACUUAGCACCGGUGGCCCAGAAUGGGGUGGCAGCAAUGGUCUUGAUUAGCGGUAGAGAUGAGACGAUGCCCAGCACGGUUGACAAAGAACGUUUACUUCAACGUUUGGUCAACGCUCUCACUUCCUCAUCCAAUCCUGAUCAUGUACGAUUGACAUCCGAUGUUCGUCUUCGCUAACGAUCUCUCCAGUUGACCCGACACUCCGAAGUCACACAACUUGGUCUCUCCCUUCUAGUUGAUCAACACAUUUGUUGGCUUGACAUCUAUCAAAACGAUCCUAUCUAUCAGUCAUCCUUUCUUGUAAUCCCCCUGGAAGAAAUCAUCAAAAUCUCUGACAUACCUCGAUGUAUAGUCUGUAACUCAUCCUUGAGGAACCGCAACCCUUCAACAACCCUCCCGGUGACUCUAGCCAGGACGGGCUCCGGAACAUCAGCGCC